AUGUUUAACGGACGUUUUUUUUCUUGUAUUAUUCUUCUUUCUUUUGUGUUAUCAUCAUUGGCAUCAAUAGAACCAUUAUGUAAAUGGUAUGGAAGAUCUCCAUUUUGUUUUUUUGGUAAUUCAUGUCCAACAGAUUGUUGGCACGUAACAGCUAAUGAUCGUGGUGAUGGUAAAAAAUGUUGAUUAUUUUUAAGAUUAACAAUGGUUUCAUUAAAAAUAACAACAACUCUUAUUUUUCUUCUACUUUUAACAAUUGUUCCAAAAUCCACCAAUGCAUUAUGCAAAUGGCAUGGUAUCGCUCCAUUUUGUUUUCUUGGUAAUUCAUGUGGUGAUGGAUGUGUUAAAACAUUAGAAAGCAACAAAGGUGAUGGUUAUACAUGUUGGGUUUCACACAAAAAUUAUUGUUGUUGUGCACCACGAAUUGUAUGA